UGCGACUAUAUAAACACUCGAGUUCCCUUGAUGGGUCUAUCCUAAAAAUCUCUGUCCUCUUGCCUGCACCAAUAAUGGGUCUUCCCUUCAGUGCGUUAAACAAAUUAGGAGUGCCAGGGUUGGGCGCAAUAACAACCGGACAAGUUUAUGAUCGACAUUUUAAGGACAGGGACACGGGCACCUUUAAAGACUUUCAUCUUGCAUAUGUCGAAUUCUGCAAGUAUUUCAACACUGUGUUGCCUGGCCAAGAUUUUGAUACUCCGGACCGUGGUGAUCUAGAGGCAUUCCAUAAAAUAUGGGCAGUGGCGGACGAGCCCGGAAGGAGGAAGAUGUUCAUCGAGUAUAUGCAGGAAAACGUCCACGAGGCCAAAGUUGACGACAGCCUCUUCAUCAUGGCCGGCCUGGCUGCGCCAGCGGCAGCCAUCAUCGCCAAGAAGAGCGGCGAGAGCAUCCCGCAGGUCAAGAAGUUCAAGGUGCAUCUAAUCCCCAACGUCAUCUUUGUGCCGGUGUGCACGCUGGUUGCCAUCAUGGGUGCCACUGCAGUUCAGAUGAGCAAGAAGAGCAAAGACAACAACAAGCCUACGAGCUGAUCCCGUCUUGUUCCUGUCUGCAGUUUAAAUAAGAUGAUGUAAUAAACAAGAAACCUGGAAGCAUAUUAUCAUCCAAAUGAUUGUAUAAAAUUAUACUAAUAUGCAAGUCAUGGGUUAAAUAUACAUGUUCCUUUUGUUGUUCAAAUAGCCGAUGGAAAGAAAGCAAAGUUUGAAAAAAUAUCAA